GUCAACGCGAGUCGAAUAUGUGGCGCACGGGCAUCGUACAGCAGGCAACUCGCCAGGAUCUGCGGCGACUUCUCAAUCGUAACAAUAGUUCAAAGACUACAGCAGCAGCAACUGCAACGCAGCUACCUCAAUCAGCGGAUGUAGUGGUAAUUGGCGGUGGCUCUGCCGGCUGCCAUACGCUCUAUCAUCUGGCCAAGCGAGGUGUGAGAGCAGUGCUGUUGGAGCGUGCUCAACUCACUGCUGGCACCACAUGGCACACGGCUGGACUGCUCUGGCGACUGCGUCCCAACGAUGUGGAUAUUCAACUGUUGGCCAAUUCACGUAACAUGCUACGUCAACUGGAGGCAGAAACGGGUCUCGACCCUGGCUGGAUACAGAAUGGCGGCAUCUUCAUAGCCCACAACGAAACUCGACUCGAUGAGUAUCGACGCCUGGCCACAGUUGGCUCUGCGCUGGGCAUUGAGAACCAGAUACUGUCACCCGAGGAGACGCAGAAACUGUUUCCGCUGCUCGAUCCCAAGGCAUUCAUAGGUGCACUCUAUUCGCCUGGCGAUGGCGUCAUGGAUCCCGCCAUGUUGUGCACAGCAUUGCGUCGCGCAGCAACUGCAAAUGGCGCCCAGGUGAUUGAGAACUGUGAUGUGCAGGAGAUACUCGUGGAGCAGGGAUCGCGAGGCAAGAAGGUUGUAGGUGUUUCAACGCCCUUUGGCAACAUACGCACAGAGACGGUGGUGAAUGCAACCGGCGUGUGGGGUCGCGAUCUAGUUGCACGACAUGGCACCCAUCUGCCGUUGCUGCCCAUGAAGCAUGCCUACAUCGUGUCCGAGUCCAUACCGGGUGUGCGUGGUUUGCCCAACAUCAGGGAUCACGACUAUUCCACCUACUUCCGUAUUCAGGGCGAUGCCAUCUGCAUGGGCGGCUAUGAACCCAAUCCCAUACUGCUCGAUCCUGUGGCCAAGGACUUCCACUUUGGCCUCUACGAGUUAGAUUGGUCCGUCUUCGAAACGCAUGUUGAGGGCGCCCACAAAUUGUGUCCAGAGUACGCCAAGUAUGGCGUGAAGAGCACAGUGUGUGGUCCGGAAUCCUUUACGCCCGAUCACAAGCCGCUUAUGGGCCCCGAUCCUAAUGUCUCGGGUCUCAUGCACAACUGUGGCUUUAAUUCGGCUGGAAUGAUGUUUGGCGGCGGCUGUGGUGAGCAGACGGCGCUGUGGAUCACCAAGGGACAGCCGGAUGUGCCCAUGUUUAGCUUUGAUUUGCGACGCUUCACACAGGAACAGGGACAAGCCACCAAGUGGAUUGCGGAAAAGUCACACGAAAGCUAUGUAAAGAACUACAGCAUGGUGUUCAAGUUCGAUCAGCCGCUAGCUGGUCGCAACUUUCAGUUGGAUCCGCUGCAUGAGCAGAUGCUGGAAGCCAACGCCUUCAUGGAGGAGAAACAAGGCUGGGAGCGACCUGGUUUCUUCUUGGGAAACAAGGAGAAAUCGGCAGCCGUGCUGCCCUAUGACUGGUAUGGAAGCUACGAGCAUGCGAGACAUAAGGAGAGCAACUACGAGCGCAUCCUGGAGGGCGACCUGAAGUACAACAGCUUCUCGGAGCAUCACGAGUUGAUUGGCGCUGAAGCUCAUGCCUGUCGCAAUAAUGCCGUGCUCUUUAACAUGAGCUACUUUGCCAAGUUGGUGCUUGAAGGUCCGCAAGCACACAAGGCUGCAGACUGGCUCUUCUCCGCCAACACCAAGCGUGAUCCCAGCAAAACUGUCUACACUUGUGCGCUGAACGAUGCUGGCGGCGUCGAGGCUGAUGUGACCAUCAGCCGCCUGGUUUCCGGCUCUGGGCAGCUGCAUGAUCCCAAGUUCGAGGGCAAGGGCUACUACAUUGUGGCUGGCGGUGCUUCGGCCUAUUACACAUACAGCACGCUGCUUGCGGAGAUGCGUCGCAAGGGCUUCAAUGCCAAGCUGCACGACGUCACCGCCGAUCUGGGUGUCAUUUCCAUUCAGGGACCUAACUCCCGCAGCAUUCUGCAGCCGCUGCUUGAUUGCGAACUAUCCGAUGAGCAGUUGCCACCCAAUAGCACCACACUGGCCAAGUUGAAUGGCAUUGGUUUGCGAGUGCUGCGCGUCAGUUUUGUGGGCGAGCUGGGCUAUGAGCUGCAUGUGCCCAAACAGGACUGUGUGGCGGUCUACAAGGCACUCAAGGCUGCUGGCGCCGCACAGGAUCUACGUGAUGCCGGCUAUCGUGCGCUCUAUUCGCUCAGCAGCGAAAAGGGUUAUCAUCUGUGGAGCUACGACUUGCGCUCGGAUGACACGCCACUCGAGGCUGGCUUGGGUUUCACAUGCCGCAAACAAGGCGACUAUCGUGGUCGCGCUGCCGUCGAUCGUCAGCGGUCCGAGGGUCUUAAGCGUCGCAUGGUCUAUCUGACGCUACAGGAUCAGGUGCCUAUCUGGGGCCUCGAGGGAGUCUAUCGCAAUGGCGAGCCUGUGGGCGUGCUGCGUCGUGCCGAAUACGCUUACACGCUGGGGAAAUCUCUGGGUCAGGCCUACAUUACACGCAGCGAUGGCCAGAACAUCGAUGCAGAAUACCUCAAAGCGGGCGACUACGAAGUGGACAUUCUGGGCAAACGCUACAAGGCGAAUUGCCAUCUGCGCAGUCCCUUCGACCCCAGCGGUCAACGAGUUUUAGGCAACUAUGAAACAAAUAGUAAAUAAAUAAAUGUUA